AUGAUGUACGACGUUAAACAUCGUCGUUAUCGAACGAAGAGCAAGCAACAUCGUCGUCGUUGUCGUCGUUGUCGUCGUCGUCGUCGGCGGCGGUUCUCGGUUACCGAUGAUCUCAUAGUUCUCGUGAAUAUUGGUGUUGCUGAUGUUGUUCUUGCCGUUAACCAUUCUUGUUGCUGUACUUAUUGACUUACAAUUUAUUAACGUUACGAAAAUAAUCUUGCUUCUUUUUCUUUUUUUUUUUUUUUUUUUACAGCAUUAUUCUUCCAUCUGGAUUCAUAAUCUAUAUAAACACACUUUCUUUCUCAGCCUAUAAGUCCAACGCGGCUAUAUUCCCUUCGAAACACCAGCCCAUUGUCUCGUAUUCGCGAGAAUGCGCAGUUUUCACCGACAAAAACGAGAUAAAACGUUACACAAGCCGCAUUACGACGGUAGUCGGAAUUUCUCAAUGUCCGCGUGUUAAUACGCGAGCGACAGCAAUGUCGAAGGAUGUAGAGGGACGACCGGCGAUGAACUCACAAAACGUCUAUCAUUCCUCCGUCCGAGAGAAGGCGGUAUCGUCCAACACGCUGGUCCAUGUCCACUAA